CUAUUUUUUCCGCAUCCACUUCCUGGGCGCAAUUUACCCCCCCCCCCCCUCAAACCCUCAUCUCCACUAUAGAAGAUGGGGACUUAUACGUUUCGAUGGUAAGUUACUAUUGAUCUUACCUUGCGAUCAAGAAAAUCUCCUUUCUCCAGUGCGAAGCCUGGACCUCCAAUGAGCAUCUCUUGUGAAGGGUCUAUGACAGGUUCUGCCCCGUGCUUCCUACUGCUAUUAUGACCGACACUUUCCGGACCCAGCGCCACUGAUUUGUGUUCGCUGACCGUUGCGGCCCCUCGCAUGGGGAAUCAAACCAGGCCGUAUAAUGCAAACGAAGUGUAUGUGACGGGGACAUUCGAUGACUGGGGCAAGACUGUCCGACUGGACCGCAAUGGGGAGGUGUUCGAGAAGGAGGUUGAGCUCCCAGCCACAGAGGAGAAGAUCCAGUAUAAGUUCGUCGUCGACGGUAUCUGGACCACUGAUAAUCGCGUCCCCGAAGAAGACGACGGCGACAAUAACAUCAACAACGUGCUCUACCCCGAUCAAAUCCAACAACCACCACUACAGAACGGCAUGGCCGGUGUAACCCCCGAUUCAACCACCGCUGCUUUGGCGGCUGGGGUGCCUAAGGAGUCCAGCAGCAAGACAAAUGGCUAUCACCCCACCAUCUCGUCAGCAGCACCAGGCUCGACAACUGCCAAACUCGGCCAGGAAGUCCCAUUGGAACAACGGGCUACUGUGCCAGGAUCCUUUCCAAUCACUCCCGGGAGCGAGGCUGAACAGUUCUCCGUGAAUCCCAUCCCUGCAUCCAGUGGCAUUGGCAAUCCGAUCAAGUUGGCUCCAGGCGAGAAGGUGCCUGACCCCAGCACUUUCAACCCCAACACCGUUCAGUCCACCGCACGUCUCGACAAGGGUGCGUAUGAGCAAGGCGCCAGUCUUUCUCGGACUGAAGAUUCGUUGCAUGAUGGCAGUGCUUUCUCCCUUCCACCUGUAACGAAAAACACCAUUCCUGAGUCAAGCUUGCCUAUGGGCAGUGAUGGGGCUCACGAUGUCAAAGACCCCGGCUAUACGAUCCAGUCGGCUGCGCCCACGUCGACAACGGCGGCACUUGCUGCUGCAGUGCCCCUGGAGUCUCAGAAGCAGAAGCAGGCGACCGGUGAUUCUCCCUCCGAGGAGCUUCCAGGCGUGGUUAAGGAGUCCCUUGAGAAGGCCCACCAACAUCCCGAAUGGGCUGCCAACGAGGAGGUCGUCGAGGAGAAGAAGGAAGUGGAAGAAGAGCUCCAGCAGAAAAUCAGCGUGAACAAUUCUGUUGGCACCCCAGCGCCUGCUAUAAGUGCCGCUACUGCGGAGACUGCUCCCCGUGCUACUGGUGCUGAGCCUACAAACCAGCAAUCCUCUAAGGCGAAGGCACCAGUCGAUGGACCAGUGGUGACCACAGGUACGUCCGAUUCAACUCCGGCUACCGCCAACACCAACAAGGAUGCAUCUACGCCGGCUCAGAAGACCGAUGCUCCUACCAGCAUUAACAACACCACUACUCCCGCCAACAAGACCACCAACAACGCUGCAGCUGGCGCAGCCGCCAAUUCCAACAAGGAAGAGCCGAAGAAAAAGAAGAAGGGAUUCUUCUCCCGCCUCAAGGAGAAGUUGAAGCAUUGAAUACAUUAAUUAAUGACUGAGCUGAAUCAGCCUAUGGAUGGGUUGAUUUUUAACUAAUGGUGUAUAAUGGGUGGAAGAUUUCUUAUAUCGUUCUUCAUGCUUCUGUGAUUAUCGUCUGGAUACCUUUUGUGUUGUGUGAUUUUCCUUCCAUUCGUUCGCUGCCUUAGGUACUAUAGGUAGGCUUAUGGUUACGUAUCACGAGAUCAGUUCUAUGAUUUAUGCUGUAAUGAGCAUUGCUCACUUUCACUCAGUACAGUCUGAUAUGAAGUACAUCAGAUAUGAU